AUAUAUGAACAUAUAUGUGGGUAGGCUCCCGUGCUCAAACAGUAAUAAACCAGCAUCCAUGCGCAACGGUUGUUUUACUUGCUUCCUUAGUCCGUACACUACACUGUCGACGAGCGGCCAUUGUUACCCACGCGAUAAGAAAAUUAAAGUAACGGUCUCGUGUUAAAAUGUCUUUUAUCGGUAAUCUAAGUGUAUUCGAUCACAAUAUACAGGAAUGGCCUGUGUUUAAAAAUCGGCUGGAGCAAUUCAUAAAACUUAACGGUAUAAAAGAAGAUAGUAAAGGUGCGUUGCUCAUAACCUAUCUAUCAGAUGAUACCUACCGUCUAGCGAGGAACUUACUACAUCCAAAGGUAUUGGAAGAUGUGAAGUUCGAGGAUCUGGUGCUCAAACUAGACGAACAUUUUACUCCUAUACGAUGUUUGUUGGCCGAGAGACAGAAGUUCUACGAGGCGAGGAAGGCUGCCGGCGAGAGCAUCCAGGAGUGGGCGGUGCGCGUGCGCGGGCUGGACGUGUACUGCGAGUUCGGCACCGCGCUGGACCAGCUGCUGCGCGACAGGUUCGUGCUGGGUCUGAGCGCGGGCGCCGAGCGCGACCGCCUGUUCGAGGUGGAUGCGGACAAGCUGACGUUCGCGAAGGCUCAGGAGGUGGCGCAGCAGGCGGCGAGUGCCCGGCAGGCGCGCGCCGCCGCUGUCGUCAAGGAGGAGCCGGUGUACCGGGUGAGCGGCGCGCGGGCCGGGCCCGCCGCGGCGAGCCGAGCUCCAGCUGGAGAUGACACGUGGCGAUGUGCAGUGUGCGGUCUUAAAAAUCAUGACGCGAUAAAGUGCCGGUUUAAAAAUUAUCGCUGUCAAGUGUGUGGUGUUAGAGGGCACCUUAGAAAAGUGUGUAAAAGUGCGAAAAAUGCAAGUCAUUCGCGAGUGCAUAAUCUGGAUAUGGAACCAGCAGAGGUCGGUGACUGUAAUGACGGUUACGAAUGCAAAGAAUGUAACGUUUUUAAUAUGAGGUACGUAAGUUAUUCUCCAAUUCUUAUGAAGGUAACAGUGAACAACACUAAAUUAGAAAUGGAAUUAGAUUCUGGAUCAGGAAGUACGGUUAUAUCUGACAAAAUUUACAAGGCAGAAUUUAAUGAUAUAAAAUUAAAUAAAUGUGAUUUAAAAAUGUGCCUUUAUAAUGGUCACAAAAUAUCGCCGCUAGGUUAUUUUGUUGCUAAAGUUCAAUACUUGAAUAACAGCCAUGAAUUGAAAAUAUAUGUUGUUCAAAAUGGCGGGCCUCCACUGCUAGGCCGAGAUUUUAUGGCAAAAUUUAACAUAUGUUUUCAGAUAAGUAAUAACAAAAUAAAUGAAACUGUUCCGAUCGAAGUACCUCAAUUAAUGAAGGAAUUUUCUGUUCUCUUUAAUGACGAAUUAGGAAAAUUUAAUAAAUGUACAGUCGAUUUAAAAUUAAAAGAUGGAGUUAGUCCAAAAUUUUUCAAAGCGCGGCCUAUACCUUUUGCAUUGAAGCAAGCAGUCGAAGACGAAAUUAAUAGAUUGGUAACGUUAGGUAUUUUGGUACCCGUGAAUUACUCGAAUUAUGCAACGCCAAUUGUACCUGUUUUAAAAGAAAACGGGAAGGUUAAAAUUGCAGGAGAUUUUUCGGUUACUUUAAACAAAGAUUUACAGAUUGAUAAGUAUCCGAUGCCCCGCAUUGAGGAAGUUUUCGCGAAAUUAGGCGGUGCUAACGCCAAGUGGGAGUGGGGGGAGAGCCAGGAAAAUGCAUUCACCAGUGUGAAGAACGAGCUGGCAUGCGACCGUAUGCUGGCCCACUUUGACCCUGACGCUCAGCUGGUGCUGACGGUGGACGCGGGCCCGCAGGGGCUGGGUGCCGUGCUGGCGCAGCUGGACGCCGCGGGCACGGAGCGCCCACUCGCGUUCGCUUCGAGGUCUUUGAGUACUAGCGAACGCAACUAUAGUCAAAUACAGAAAGAGGCCACUGCUAUUGUAUACGGGGUGAAACAUUUUCACCAGCAAAAUUUAGAGGAGGAGGAGGAUGAUUGGGCCGAGGCGCAGGAGGAGGCUCCUAGUAGUGUAGGGCCGGUAGACGAGCAGGCAGGCGCCGUGACGGAGACCGCGCGACCCCCCGCGCCCCCCAAGCCCGCUGACGGGGGCGGGUUGUCGAGCGAUGUCCGCGCACCCCGCCCGGUGCGAGCAUGUCGCCAGAGGAAUGCAUCAGCCAUCAAUGACUCGCUCUUGACCAAUUGGGUACAAGUUGACCAAAAGUUACUGUCUCUAUUGCCACCAGAUGUGUAA